AUGAUUCGCGAUAUAUUAAUUAUCGGCUCUGGGAUUACCGGAUUGUCUGCUGCCCUCUCGCUCUCUAACCACCUUUCACCGUUGAUCCCGGAUCUCCGUAUCACCAUCUUCGAACGCCAUUUCGUGCCAUCGACAUCAGGCGGAGCCAUUGGCUUGUCACCUGUCGCUUUCCGACAUCUCGAUCAUUUGGGUGUUCUUGACGAACUUGCGCGAUUCGGCCCUGACGCUGGCGCGGAUGUCGACGCUAUCGAGAUAUUUUCUGCCCGAACGGGGAAAAGUCUGGGCCAGGUAGAUUAUAAGGGAAAACAAGGGACUGGGUUCAGUGCAGAUAACAUAUAUCACGGCAUCAGUGGGAGAACAAUACGAAACCAGGACGGAAAAAAGUAUAAAGGCGGCCGUGUAUUGAGGAUCAAUCUGUCACUGGCUAUGCUAGCAGCAAUCGACAAACGGCCGAAUAUCAAGAUUGUCUUUGGCAAGGCACUUUCCGGGGUCAUUCCACUGGACCCAGCCAACAAAGUCGAACUCGUCUUCAAAGACAAUUCUACGGCGACGGGGGAUCUUCUGCUCGGUUGUGACGGUGUCCAUUCGGCCACACGCAGGAAAUUCAUCGACCCGGGCAGAGAAGCCGAGUACAGCCGCUUUUCCCUCGUACAGAGCACAAUCAAAACGAAUAGCUUGAGGACAUCGCCGCAUUUCCGGGCAACUUCAUUAAAUUUUUCCAAAUCCGGUACGCUUUUAAUGGCCUUUUGCACCAAACACCAUGAAGACCUCUUUCUGUCUGUCAUGCUGGAGUGUCGCGAAGAAGCGGUGGAGGGACACACAGUGCACGACGACGACGAUCAAUCCAAACGUUCUAUGAUCAAAGCUUCCUUGAGCCAUGAAGUGUCACUGCGGUACGGCCAGUCUUCUAUUCCAUGCAUCAAGGAGGUCGCUGCCCACUCCGACAUUGACUGGAUGUUGUAUCCGAUAUACCAAGUCCCACUGGGGGGAAAGUGGUUUACCGAAAGAGCAAUACUGCUCGGUGAUGCGGCUCACGCAAUGCUACCGCGCGACGAAUCAGCGGCAUACGCCAUCGACGAUGCCAUCGUCUUCUCGCGCGUUCUCACGCAGUAUAUCGACCUCCCUCUGCAAAAGACUUUUGAGGUAUACGAUUCUCUCCGCCGAUCCGAAGUUACACACGCUUUCCAGGAAUCCUCAAAGCUAUGGAAAAGACGCAACAAAGACGCCGGCGCUUUUGAGUCCUGGAUCCGCGAACGACUGGUCCCACUGCAAAUAAGACACACCGAGUCCUCGCGACAUGCCGCGUUCAGGUCAGAUGCCAGCAAGGUCGACAUUCCACCACCGCCAGGAACCCCCAAAAUGGUGACAAAGAGAAAUACCUCUAAUACUCCCUCUGUGCUUUCUAGUACGUCCAGCUUUAGGUCAGCUUCCAAGGGUGGCUCGUCGACAUCCUCGGGUGAACCUGUGGCUAUUGAUCUGGUAGAUGUCUCGGGCUUGGCCAUUCGAUAG